CUGCGCCUUUUACAUUUUAGCCAUUUUACUGCAACGUUUGUGUUCGCCACGACUUUAUCGCUCCUUAGUCUUCUCCCUUUAGCUAUUGCGUUUUCUGAUUUAAACAGACUUGAUUACUUUUUGGACGCAGUGCGAGAAACUUGGCCGAGUCCUCCGUCGGAAGAAGUCGAUCUCUCAGAAUUUGCUGCAGGGUCUUUUUCGGUAGGUGCCGUUUUAGGAGCUUGGGUUGGAGCUUGUUUUAUUCCGCUGGAUUGGGAUAGGUGGUGGCAGGCAUCGCUGGCCGCUGUCUUGCGUAGAUUUGUAACUGUUGCUAUGGCCUCUUUAAAUUUUACGUCAACUUUUUACCAUAGCGAAAGAUCUAUUGUUCCGAAAUUAGUCGGAGUUAUGUUUGCAGAGUUUGAUGCUGAUUUGGGACCUGUUUUAACAUAUCAGGUUCCUAGCGUUGUAUUUUCAAAAAAGAAGUUUGACUCGUUCUCCAGUGCUAUAAUUCCUAAACCAGACUUAUUUAAUCGCCUUGUGAAAGUAAAUCACGUUAUUAACGACGAUGGAAAAGUCUAUAAAGUUAUGGGUAAUCCGCGAGGACUGGAAGCUUCUCGGUAUCCUCGUGGGCGUUAUAUCUUCAACCUUUGCUUUAUUGUACACAAAAGUAGCAAGAUUGAUUGCAUGUAUGAGCCAAUGGUUCAAAAGUGUAAUGAUUAUUUGACUCAACUGGAAACGGACCAUGAAUUUCUGACUAAACAUAAGGAUCAGCUUCCACCACUGAUGUCUGGUAUAUUCAAGGGAUUAAAUUCAACUGGAGAGUGCAAAAUUAUCGUGACAGACGAAACUACAGUUUACUUAAAGCUGUGUCCUUCUUUUUACGGAGUAGAACCCCCCAUGGUGAGCCCGCAAAUGGUCCCUAUAUUUGCUAGGGUACCUCCCCUGAAAGAUCCUGAACAGUUGACUAAAAUGGAUGUUCUGUCGCAGAAAAUUUGUGCUAAAAUAGAUGGAGUACUUUGUAUCAGAGAAAUUGCGAAAGAGGUCGACAUAGACCCUGAUUUGGUUGCUCGCUGCGUUCGAAACCUCCAGUAUUAUGGCGUUGUCGGUUUACUGCCUUUGUUCAUGUAUUUCAAUACCUAUAUUGCAACUGAUCGCCUCCAUGACUUCUACAAUAACAAAAGCUUAAUUGAGGAAUGUCUGGAGUUUGUCGCUAUUCAUAAUUCUUAUGGUGAGAGAGUGGUUGAGAAGCCAGCGUUUGCUGACGUGUUCCGGUUGUAUGCAGGCUUGCGAGUAGGAGUCAAACUGGAAGAUUGGUGUAAACAAAUGAAUCCAAGAAAAUACGGUGUUGAUGAGAGGCGAUUAAUUCAGUUCAGUAUAUUUCAUGGAUUUGUUAGGAAGCUUAACUUGUACCCAGUAGCCUUACCGAAAGAAGAGGAAACAAGGAAAAUUGCGGGAAGCUGCAGAGGAAGCCUAUCUCUUGAUGACUUUGCAGUUCAGUGCUACACUCACCCAAGAAAGUUGCACGACUUGCUUCUUAAAGAGGAGGAUUUUGUGUUCAUUUGCAGAUGA